AUGACUUCUAAUCAAGAUUUAUUUACUAAAGGAAAAACAAUAAAAAAACAGCAUCUUUUCACAAAAGAUUUAAAAUCUCUUAUGUACGCUUUUGGUGAUGAUAAACAACCUGCAUUGGAUUCAGUACAAAUACUAGAAGAUAUUGUUAUAGAUUACGUAAAUGAAAUGUGUUUAGAAGCAGCUCGUGUUGCUGGUAAUAGAAACAAAUUAAAAGUAGACGAUUUUAAAUUUAUUUUAAGGAAUGACCCUCGUAAAUUAGGUCGUAUAGAAGAGCUUUUAACCUUACAAAGAGUAAUUGCAGAAGCGCGAAAACAAUUUGACGACAAAGAUUAA